AUGCUAUACACCGGCACGACUGCGUCCAACGAACCGGAAAUUAGCACUGACGAGGUUGAAGGUAUGUCUCAGCGUACCACGCCUGUGCUGAUGCCCAAUUUCUCAUGAACCCGUCCCAAGUGGGGGGAGGGUUUAUGAUCUCACAUCAGGGAGAGCGCCAUAAACAUCAUGCAACCUAAUCUGGAACCGGUUAAGGUAUCCCGUGAGUUGGCCACAACGGUUAGAGUAUCCUGAUGAUUCAAAAGAGCUUUUCAUUUAUUAGCGAAGAGGGCAAAGGCUGGAUCUGGGCUGGAUCAACUUUGUUUUCCCAUACAAACGAAAAGUCUGAGUUAGGCCGACUAGAGGCUAGAUAAGAUGCAUUUGGUGAUGUUCUGUGAAGUCACCGUCCAAGGCCUGUCACGGACAGACGGGCGCACACGCGAUGGACCGUCAUUCAUUAAUGGGGAUGACAAACUACAUGGUUGGGUAUGGUUUCAACGAUUGUCUUCAUGCGUACGCGUAUAACCGGCUAGCCCAGUGUAAUGCCAGAAUGGACAAGAAAGGCGGGCCUGAGGCAUUUUUGGACCAGAGUUGAAAUGAAACCACAUAUCAACGGUGGUUUGAUGCGGAUAGAGCAUGAAAUAAUUUAGUCAUCGCGUAUUCCCUACUGACACCAGAUAAGCUCGUUGAUUGUGAGAUUUUUAACACCACCGACCUCAAAUUGGAGCCUGUCACGAUGGAACGUUUUAAUAGCCUCCAAUACUAAUUUUAUCAGCCAACCAGAUUUCCUUCGAUGCAAUUACAUCAGGUCUUUGUUCAGCGGCGGUUACUUUGAGCUCACUGGGUUUGGCAAAGAGAUGUUGAUAGCCCGUACAGUUGAUUUCGGCAGAGCCAACAUUAGGGCCUCCAAAUGUUACAUACGUUAAUUAGUUAAGUUAUCAGUACACACUCUUUCAGUCAAGGAACGUUCCGUAGGGUUUUAAGGAGUUUUCCACUUUUUUUUCCGGAGUCAUUUUUCGUACUUCCGCUUUGAUUUAUUUUGUACCGUUGUCAACCGUCACGGGACAAUUCUUUCGUUCCGUAGCCUGGUUAAAAGAAAACAGUAGGACUGACCCGUGUGGGCGUUUAAACCGGACAUAAGAACAGGAAGCGCCUGCAACACGGGUGACUUUGUGGCAACUCCCGGUGAAGUCAUGGUUGGGUUUAAGGCAAGGGUUAGGGUUAAUUUAAAGACUAGGUUUAAGGUCAGAUUUAAAGUUGACGGUAACGUAAGACAGGACCAUGCUUAGGGUCAAAGUAGGGGCUAAUGUUGACUGCAGAUCUAAAAUUUAGAGUCAAAAUUAGGGCAGCACCUUAGUUUUAUAUUGGGGUUAUUGUUGGGAUGAAGAGACGGGAAUAUUUUGCCCCGUCUAGAAUUAUGCGCAGGUCCAACUUUAUAACUUGACCGGGACCUUCCUGUUCUCAUGUCCUGUUUAGACGUCCAAAUACGUCAGUCCCUUCAAAACACUUCGAUGGGUAUUCCUCCUAGUGAGCUUACACAAGGUUUACUAGCCGGAAAUCUAUGCUGAAUGUUGAUUGGUCCUCACCUACCCUGUUUGCUUUGUGAAUGACAAGCGAAUUCCCGUCCUGAAGCAGAGACUGCGCACACUCUUGAAGGAGGUCUGGAAACUGUGGACGCAGAUACUGAGACUAUAUAUUUUGCUUGUCAUUGAGCUGGGCGUCUUCCAUGGUCGCAUCGGAUACCCCAUCUGGCCUAAGAUUAACUUUCUGCCUGCUCGUUCCACUGGCUCCUGACAAACUUGCUACUGUGCACUCGCCAUCAAAACCCGUCAAAACUUUGAGCCAUCCCUGCUAUUUUUCAGUUUUCUUCUUCCAUCCAUUGCCGAAGCCGCCUUCCUUUCCGCUGGGUUUCGGGCUCUGGGCUUGACCUUCGCUCAAACGUCGAGUUGAUACGCCUUUUUCCGGUCGCCCUAGAAGGCAUUCAUUCGUUUUUUUGCAGACCACCUGACCACCUCCCAGUACUGACCUAUCUGCAUGCAAGCGACUUCCGUUAAAUCCAGUCUUGGUGUUUCCAGUAAAAAAUAUAUGAUAUCGUUGUGUCAACAUCGGUUUGUAAGUGCUUGGUCUGAGGGUUGUUCUAGCGACCUCGUUCUCUGCCUCCUCUGGUUUCGCUAACUGCUGUGAUCAACGAUGCCCAACGGAAUGAUAUCCUCUGUGGAAACCGUAGUUAACACCAACCAUGACCACGGCUGUAAUAGUUGACUCUAACCCUUAACCCGUAAUAAUUUAGGGAAAACUCGAACGUAACCGCAACUUUCACCCUAGGCCUGAAAUCCCUAAGCCAAACCCUAGAGCUCUAGCCCAAACUCCUAGCCCUUAUUCUAAACCCCAACCCUAGCCUCACUCGCAAAUCCAGACUAUAACCCCAUUCUUACAAUCUCUGCCCUAGGAAUAACCCAAACCAUAAUACUAACCCUAACUCCAACCGUAUCCUUAGCCUUCAGCCCGAUCCGGGCAACUUUGAAGUCGACAACGCUAGUGAAGAUCAAAAUCUGCGUAUUGCAUGACUUCUUUGUCGACCUUUUGUCGAGCAGACUGUUAAGGGCCGCAGAAUAUCGCUACCGACAAAGACAGGGGAGACUGGAAUGGCCCACUUCUGGCUUAUUAGACAUCGUCAGUCGGCCAUACCUAGCCCCGGGGGUGUGCAAACCGUGGGAGUUGAUCCCGCAACCUGUUGGUUAGAAGUUCAACGUAAUAACCACUGAGCCACGGACCCCUUUUCCUGUCGCUUUCGAUUGGGUAUAUGCAUUGGUAGAAAGGGCGCUUACCGAUCGCGCUACGGAAUCCACCUUUCUCAUAGUGCCUUGGGGCCAUACCACACCCACCUAGAUAAGAUAAGAAGGUAUAUAAAAAAACGACCAAAGGGUUUACGUACCCCAUCCUUACCUGGCGAUGUUCCCAGUUUCUUUGGGAUUUGCUCGGUCAGAAUAUUUUACAGUUUCCGGGCCUUUUGUAUGAUUUUCGAAAAGCCAAGUCUUGCUGUACUUGAUGGGUACUGUUCGUUCUCUUCGAGAAAGCCGAAUCUAAACUUCUAUGUCGCGUCGUAAGUUCUGGGUAACCAUCACAUGUGUGUUCAGGCUUACGUCUUUUGUGCUCUCCUUUGGAACAUGUAUAACCCAGCACACUUUUUCAAGGUAAUGCCCCAGUGAUAGUGGCUUUACUAUUCUCCAACGAUGUCUCUAUGAGAAAUCAUUAGUGAUUUGGAUAAUUGGAUUGGAUUCUCCCCUUCGGAUAGUAAAUUGGUCGGUCGACAGACGGGCCUCGAUCCAAUGCCUGUGCUUGGGUCUCCGACUCGUGUGAGCUUGUCGGCGCACGUUUUUUCCUGUGGAUUUAUAUCACCUACGUCCACGUCACUCAUGCUUCUGUCUGCAGUUUAAGUUUUUUCGGAAAUUACUUGCCGUAGCGGCAGUGGGUUGCCAUAACGAACACAUCAGGAUGUGCAGUGAUAGGCGAUCUCGGUAGCCACAAAGUCGUCGAGCGUCGGAUGUGAUUUUCGCGGAGGCGACAAGGAGACGAACGAAACCUCCAAGUCCGAAAGAAGUUGACAUUUUGUAGUGUCCUCGCGAGAGUGUAUUCAGGCAUCAUCGACUGUGCGCUCGGGCCUACCUAGCGCCCGCGUGGAGGCCUUCAACAGAAAGUGAGAGUCAACUGACCAGACAGUGUUAAAAAAUGGAAAUGAUGGUGGAACCAUCUCGGUUACGUUCGUCAUUGUCCUCAUAACGGGCUGAGCUGCCGGCGAGAAGGGCGGAAACAGGAUUUAGAUUGGCUCACGGUACGCGUUUAUCGAGCUGCGCUGAGCUCGCGCGAACCCAUAACUUUUGUCGGCCAUGGGAGGGUGUGAUGGCACGGCGAGGUCGAGGCCUCAGGUCGCGUUGAUUAUUGCGUGUAUUCUUGGGGCAAGAUGACUGACAGGCUCGGACGGUCGACUGGUGCAUGGGAGAAGAAAGAAAAGGAGAGAGUGGGGCGGACACUGGCGAAUCCAGUAAAUCAGUGCAUUCCUCACUAUGACAAAUCUGACGCGUUAAAAUCCGUGGCUUGGAAGACCGACAACUGAGGGGGUAAUUUGGGCAGCCUGAUCAGCACUGUGCGCAUGUGCCGUGACUGCCUAGAGAACUAUGAGUCAGGCUUACUGUGACCUCUCUGGCAUUCUCACUUAGAUGAGGUCCGAGCCGCGUGGCGUUUUGUGAAAACGCAGUCCGCGGUGCGGAGACCAGACCGUAUGUGGCUCAACUAGAUAGCUAAUUGAGCUGCGCCCGAGUUCACUCCGGUGUUCUUUACACUGUCUUGUCAUCAGCGUAAAGUUCGUGAUGGAAGACAGAGUGCGGCAGAUGCUGUGCAAGUCCACUUCGCUAUAAAUUAGUUCACGCACAAGUUAUCGGUGCUAAGCGUAGUCUGUGGGACGGACAAUGGACGUCUUCGCUUACGACAGUUCGGCCGCCAGGCCUGGCUUGUACUCGUCGACUGGACUAGAAACUGCUCGAUCAAACGUCAAAAGUUGAUCCCACGGUCGGCGCCAAUUUGCAGAUAUAGCUGGGCACUCGCAAGCUUCCCUGACCUCGUGUUCGUCAGCACACUGGCGACUUAUAUCGCAUGGGCAUGACCACACAAACAGUGCAUCACCUAUUUUACGUGCAUUUUGCAAAUUUGCUGACCCAGCCUUCGAGGGACGCGUCUGGUUGUUGGACACCAGCUAAUAAUCCGGUUGUCGGGGUUUGACUACCGUCUGAAGUCCAUAGAAGCCGCGGGCGCAGACACGUGCAGUAUUCUUUCCCACUUUCCUCCGAGAGUGGUUGCGCAAAAGUAUGCUGUUUUUCUGCCUUCUGAGCUGAAAAGUCGGCUAGAUCGCAGUUGGUAGCCAGGCCCCGCAUUACAGGUGGCUGGGGGGUUUGUUUACUGGGGCUAUUUUGUGGGGUUGCAUAAUCACAUCUGACGAAAAGUCCUUACUUUACCCAUCCAAUGCGACAAACCUCCAGGAAGACAUUCGAGUUCACUUGAAAAUUUGUCUAGAAUGCAAAGUAUAAAGCCUUUGUUCACCAGUGUAUGUCACAUACCGCCAGCGUGAACACAUUUGAUUUUGCUGCACUAUUAAAACUAAAUAAAAUUAUCUCAACCAUUCUAACGUCAGCAUGACAUCCGCACUUAGGCGCAAAGCUAGUUCCUUUAAAGCAGUUCCGGUUGUUGUCUGGUUUCUUUGACCAUCAACUUCUUGCGGUCAUUUUGCCAUUUUCUGUAGCACCCGUCUGGAUAUGCUGACAUCCUCCUUUUUAUCCUCUGUCGCCAUUUCUUCUUGUUGAUUGUUUAGAUAUGACUCGUCGGACGCCCUAACUUGAUCAAAAGCAUUUAAAUCAGCUGGUGUCGAUAUAAGGUUCGGCACCUCUGGGUAUCCAAACUUGAGUUCUCGUCUGCCGUUGUGUGAGUAUCAGCAAGGUUACUGAAAUUUGUAAGUUAAUGCACAGCAUGAAUUUUCUUCUUAUCUUGCCACCUGAGCUUUCUUGCGCCUUUUUUGAAUAUGCAAAAAAAUACACACAACAACCGGUUUCGACUUGCGAUGACGCGGGUUUUAAUUUCGCUACCGUUUGAUGUCAAUGUUCCAUACAUUACUUAUAUUUUUCGAAUUUGUUUAGUCGAGCGCGAUGAACAGCUGAGAAUUACUUCUCAGUCACAACUCGCCAGGCUUGGAUUUCUCCGAGCGGCAAGAACUGUCAAUGAAGACCAUCUUCGAUCUUUAAGGAAUUGCCCAAAACGAACUCCACUUGAUGCACCUACCUGGUACUGGAUUUUGGCUUUUCUUUUCGUGGGUCUGCGCAAAAAUCCACCCUCGCUGUCUUUUUUCCAAUUUUUUCGCAUUUCCUAUUCGUAGGUUAAGCACAACAUCGUACCCCUUAGAGUUAGGUUUUCCCAUAUAUAGUACCUUGUAAUUUUGCUUGUUCUUUACCCUACAAAUUCACAUAAGGUCUUAUAGGACCACUUCCGAGGGGAGGCUGUCGCAAACUUAUUCUGAGUGUUGAAGACAUAUGCAUGAGGCAGAUAGCACAUAUAAUAAUGGUUAGUUUGCUGGAUACUGACCACAAGUUGUCUGGGAGUUGACGAAAUCGCUAAAAGACAAUAUACUGAAAAUCGAUGGGGAGUGAAAGGGGUGCUAAUGUUGAAUAAUAGUAAUAGUAAUAAUAAUGAUGUUCAACUUCAGCCUCCGGAAAGUAAGGCAGCAGUUAAACAGAAUAAGUCCAGAAAAUUACAGAAAAGCUCCUAACGCAGAAGUAUGGUUUACUUAAGGCCUGAAUGAUAAAAUAAGACUACGCAUCGGGGGGAGCGGAUCGUUGCAUGCUCCAUGAGCAGGAAUUAAGAAACCCCUAGAAGGAUAAUUUUCCGAAAUUUUCACGUUUCCGUGUGACUUAUUCCAGGUGGCUAUUUGAUUAACGGAAAAAACGGACGAUACUGGACUGUAAAUGCUAGAGGAAGAAAUGUAGAUACCUCUCUUUAACUACUACAUCGAGAGUGAUAAAGACGCUUCGGAUCAGCCAGCGGGUUAAGCGUACAACAAGCCUAUAACUUAAUCAGUAAAAAUAAUCAAUGUUGGACUCGACGAAGCUGGAUAGGAUCAAGGUCUGCAUGCAGACAUCUUUAGCGUCUGGGCAGUGAGAGUACUUGUCGCAACAGCUUAAACCAUAGUGAAACCCUAGCCAUUACGACGUUUAGGCUUGGUCCCGAAUAGAAAGAGGAGUUGGACGCCAGUUGUGAGAACGAUGCAUUCUACACAGAAUAAUUUUCCAAUGUGUUGGAGACGGUUGACAGGCGGACGAAAUGCGCCGGGAGAGCGGCGUCUUGAUUUUCAGGGAAGAAUGUGCCACAGCGCCCUGUGCAAAAGCACGCCCGAGUCCAGCGUGAAGAUGAUUGGACGGUUUGGGGAGCCGUGAUUGGUCAAGAAGCAGAGUGCUGCCGGUGCGCACGUGAAAGCACUCGCGAGAGAUGAAGUGUUACAACAGGCUCCCAAGGUAGAGCCAUCAUAUCAGGCCCCGAUUAGCAGUAGAAGAUAGGGGGUAACAGAACUACGUGUUAUUGUCUCAGACAGUAGUGGCUCUGGCGAGGCCAGAGCUGGUGUCGACUCCGCCAAGUGUUGUGCAAGUUGUGUGUGUUGCAUCUGCCGAGGGGCGGUAUUUCUGUGGACUUAUGUUGCAUUCAGACUUUUCAGAUCGUCAAUGUGCAGGGCAUCUUGGAGGCAAUAAGUCAGGCCCCGAGACAUUGGAACUUUUGAUGACCAGCAGCCUUUUUUGCCAUCGUAUGUCCUAAUAUCCGGACGGCAAAUAUUCCCCUAGCUUGAGAGCAAGAAAGACCAGCCCGGAUUCCUCAAAGAGGCUGACCAAUCAUCGAGCUCUGUGGGUUGCCUUUUACACUAAAUCCCGGCAGCCUACUCCAAGCUGAAGCCCUUAUGCCGUCGCUGUGGCGAGAUGGUUUGCUGUUUUCAUUUCUAAUAGCAUUUAUGCUGGCUGAGUCGGCCCCACAAUUCGCAGCAUAAUCCAUCAAUGCUCAUCGUACUUUGCGGCAACUUAAAAAAGGCGAGGUCCCUUGGAUAGCGACCUAGUUAGUAAGGCAACAGUAAAGACUGAAUUCUUAUCAAACUCUGUCCACUUCCCAUUACCGUUGGUAUUGAAAAUUCUCACUUAUUGCCAGACCCUCACAGUUUGACGAGCCGCUUAAGCUAACAGUAACGCACUAUAUUUGAACCAAUCGGUCAUCCAUGUUCACUCGUCCUCGUUCUUUAGCCGCGGUAAGUUAGUCAUCGUUAUGACUAAAUCUAGCUACAAAUUAAAACUAGGUUUUCUUGUGGCUAGCCACAAGCCCAUGGGCUGCUACUCCACGUGUGUUUUGCGAGUAGUUACUCGCUGACCGACGUCCAGUUGACGUCUAUUGACGGUUGCAAGUUUUUAUUCCAUAUAAGAUAACCGUUUUCUUACCUGAGCGACUUCGCCUUUAGCCUGGCCGAUACUGAUUUUAUUUAUACUCUUGACCUUGUCAAAGCCUUUCGUCACAUCCCCGUUUCCUCGUCAGACACCAAUAAAAUAACAAUUACUUCAAUAUUCGGUCUAUUCAAGUUUCUUUGGAGACCUUGUUGUCCUUCAAAAUGAGGUCUUUCGUAAUUUGCCACUACACUUUAUUUGUUUCUCUGACCCCCUGGACACAACUUCUAACAAGAUCUAACACCUCAAAAACCUACACUUUGUUUUAGAAUGGCUGAUCUAAUUUCCCAUUAACUAUUGCCCUUAGAUUUUCAUUCGGCUUCGCUCGACCCUCCCCAACCCCAGGGCAUAGUGUUUAUUCUUUCUGCUGUUAUUUUAUGGACGCAGUCAACAGCUCCCUGCUGCAACUGCUUUCUGAGAACUGCCAUUUUAUGGGUUUUGUCGAUUUUUACCUACUCUCCGCUCUCCACAUAACACAAAUGAUAGUCAUUUUCACCGUUCUCUUACUCGAAAAUAACCGCGAGUAUUUCUGUCGAUGAGGCCUGCGAAUGCAACUGUCCUUUCUCAUUCCUGUUGAUGACCCACUCCCAACUAUUGUUGACGUCUUCAAUUUCGCAAACGUUACAGUGCUUCAUCAAGACAUCUUAGAAAACGCCCGAUCUCGAAUCCUGCUCCUGCCUUCUCUUCCAGAGUACUAGAUAUUCCAUUAAGGAGUCCCGUCAAUCAUCGCUAGCGACUGAGGUCAAUGAUUUGAAUUUGAAAUCCUUCCUAGCUCAAUUACCUCCUGAAAUGUCUGCGCAUACCCUCACCUACCAGACUCUAUUGCUGGACGUUUUACCACAAACUCAGAACGAUGCUUUAGCCUUGCGAUAACUGCCCUAAUUGUGCGGGAUGCCUGCCUCUGUUUAUGCUAGGUACCAAUACUGUAUACAAACAUGAUUUGAAGCCUGCCUCCGCUGAAGUCGUUUACGGUUCUACCCUACGCAUACCUGGGGUUUAUUGAAGUGCAUAAGAAAGCAGCUGAUAUGGAUGCUUAUAUCCGACGGUGCGCUAAGUAUAGGCUAAUUUAGUGCUAUCCAUUCACACGCCACACCAGGUAACUCAGACAGUAAUCCUGACUUGCUGAUCUUCUCCUUUGCAGUCCUCUUCGUCGCUAAGGUUAACAAACAACUAAACUGCCCUUUGAAAUACCAUUUCACCCCCAUUCGCGAAACUGUUAAGCGCUUCGCAGCUCCCUGUGGCGAGUCAGUCAGUAUAUAGGUCAGUAUAUUUUAAGAGUAAUCGGUAAUGCCUUUGAAAACCCUAUUGUAAACGGCACAUGCAAUGCCCAACUUUAAAUAAACACGGUAUUAAAAUGUUGUCACUUAACAGACACUUAACAGAAUAUCUUUCAUUGAAAAUGCAGGACUGAAACUCAAGGACAUUCAGUUGUAGAUGAUAUCGGUAAAAUGAAAUGACAGUCAUCCGCAUUAGCGGUAGGUGUAUGCAAGGCGUUAGUUCGGCACCACAGAGCUGUUCCAGUCCACUGCUUUAAGAUCGCUCAUAUCAACUCUCGUCAACCACCAAACCGUCAGCAUUUUGCGUCCGCUACGGAUCCUUCUGCGAUUUUCCACCCUCUCUAUAGACUGGACAAUUAUAUGCCUCCUCCUGUAUCCACAACGCCGCCCAUACGUGCAAUCUUAAUUAUGUUCGUUUCUCCGAUUUGUGCUACUCUGGGAAUUCCAAUCUUCGAGGACUUGUGUUGUUACGGAGCAACAGAAAGUUACUUCGACAGACAAAACACUUGUUAAAGUGACAGUAUUCAAAACAAAUGUCCUACUCACGUUGCCACGCCUUAACUCAUUCGGUGUCUUUUAUAAAGUUCGUAUUAACGGCCAUGUCUACCAUUACUUUUCGAUAAGAAAUAUGUCCGUAUAUGCAUUGGAGAAUACCCAAUUUUACUGUGAGAUUUGCUGUAGGAGAGAAAGUUUACGCAAUAAUUAACAAACGGUUUUCAGCAAGUGUAGUUUAUUUGGCAAGUCGUCUUCUUUCGGUCAGAAACCUAACCCGCUUAUAUACGCAGCUGAAUAACGGCAAAACGAGAGAAGGUGAUGGAAACUUCAGUCUAUUUUAAAGGUCUAGUUAUAGAUGAGCGUCAUCACUAAUAUUGAGUAAGUUCUGACCGAAAAAAAAUAAAUGCAUUCGAUUCUUUAUCAAUUUUGCAUCGGAAAACUAAAAAUUCGAACAGAGAGAAGAAACGAUUCGUUCGGGAUAUUCAAGGUUUUUCUGUAAGUCUUACAAACGUUAAUAAAAGGAUAUUUUCGGAAAAGUGAUAGAGACUUAGAGAUAAUAUAUGCAUGACUGACAACAAAGAAGAUAGAUAACGCUUCCGAGGGCACGUACAAAUAAUGCUGGAUGCAAGAUUAGACAGACCGACAACCGAUUCCAUGUUAUGAUGCAAGGGCUUCAUGCAGGACCACUUUAUUAGUAUGUGCCCAGUUCUUUAGGUUGGGUCCGACUGUAACGGACCAGACCAUGACCCAGUUGGGGGAAGGAUUGUUCAUCUUUUAAUUUCAGCACAACAAAUUAAUAAUCUUUAGAGUUUUUUGCAGUGAAAAUAGCGCGUUUAAUGUGCCUAUAUCGGUCACCCAGUAGAAACAAUAGUAUAAACGUAGUUCUUUACCUUAUGUGCUUUCGGAGGAUGGGAAUAGAUUGGUCCACUUGCUGGAAUCCCAGCCGUUGUCAUCGUCGUUUCGUCCCAUCUACCUAGGUUUAACUAGGAGAACCGCCAGUUAGAGUCCAACAGUGGACUUAGACCGACUCAGUCUUUGGAAAGCAAAUAAUGAGGAGUAACUUACUUUUAUAACUUUCUCUACAAGACAGAUUAAGUGGGAAACGUACCCACACUAUUUUUAUUUCAGAAACUUGCAGUAUUAUUGGACUGGUAGGCUGAAAUUAAAAGACAAUCGACCACUCGGACUUUGCCAUGACCCUGUAGUCACCCGCCGACGAAGAGACAGGAGUAGAACUAGCAGACGUAAUCCUAAGCACACCAUUUUUUGAGCCUGGAGAGCUAUUUUACCGAUAGAAUUUCUUUGCAGUUUUUUGAUGAUGGUGGAGUCCAUCGAGUCUCAGCGUGUCCAUGAAGACUUCAACGAUUUCCAUGUUCUCAAUCGGCUGCUCUAAACGAUAGGCUCCAUAGUCCGUGUCAAGCAAUGUGCCAGGUGUUAUCAGGAACUUCUGUCAAUUCUGACAUAUUUUGAGCACAGAGAAUUUGAACAUUAACCAGAGGUCAGUUUAAAAAUUUCUAAAGGAAAGCUGGACUACAUGUAAGGUAUGCAUGCAUGUAUUUACAGGGCUAGAGGCAGAGCCCUUAAUGACCCUAUUUAUGUACAAUGCUUUCGCAGAUUCGCACUCAAAAUAAAGCUGCAGACAUUUACAGUGUGAUCGGAUCACAAUACAAAUGUAAUGACAAGGAAGCGUUUCUGUUAACUGUAACUCAGUACUGGAAGAUUGUGUAUGACAGUGUUUUACAGAGUUGGUUGUGAGUUGUGAGGUUCUAAAAGCCGGUUUCCGCCGAAAAUCAAGCGAAAGGGAAAUUUUCGGAAUUAACGCAAACGGACGACAAAGCAAUAUUCAGAGAACUUCCUUCGUGUUUUGAGCACCUAAUGUUUCAAAGACAUCAAUUAUAGAAAAGAAAUCAACACUGGUAGGAUAGGGCCAAGAAUCAGUACAUAACUGCGAACUGCCAGUCUAAAACCCACCCACAUCUAAAACUUAAGUUGUCUAAACUGACAUUGCUCGGUUUAUAUCAUAGGAGAUCUAGCAUAACAGGAGAGAAUUGGGAUCAAAAAUACUAUAAAAAUGAUUUGUCUUACUACAGUCGGAUGCGUGCGCUAGACCACAAUAUGCAUCAGAGUUCCAACAAAAGACUAGAACUUAAAAAAAUUCUUUAUUUAUGGGCGGAUGAACUUUUCGAUUUGCUUAUCAUUGGUAUGGCAGCUAUCUGCAGGAAGUGAAAAAUGUCUGCCUAUGUCUGUGACUUGUGCCUGGAUGGGGAUUGAUGAGCAUUUCAAAUAAAAUUCAGUGCCGAAGAUUACAGGACAUGACGUUCCAGCAGGAGUAUAAAAGUGAAAAACUUUGAAACGGUGUUGCACAGAGUAGAUCAGAAUAGCGUAUGGAAAUUUGAAGAAUGGGAAAAUAAACCGGGGUAUACUGAAAGCUAAGGAAGAAUAUAGGAAAAACCAACAAAACAGAAUUGUAUGAAGUCUCCGUAAUGACAUAUGCUAGGGCAACUUUUCGUCCCAACACGGAUUAUUAGAAGACAGAGUCGAACGGCCAAAACGGAUACAAAACUUGCACAUGUAGAUGAUGAAGUUCGGGAAAUGAACGAGACCAGUCGUUCUAAAAUUCACCAUACGAUACAAAUAUCAAGCAAACUAAGGCUUGUUUAAUGUUAUAGAGGUUUGGAAUAUUUUCGGUACAACGGAGACAGCUAGGAAGACAAAUUUGACUUACCAGCCUUUUCGUACAUAUAAUAAGGUGAACGCUACAAAAUAACUGUGGAUUUUAUUUGAAUAUUUUGAAAUACGUCAAAUGACUAUUUUCUUAUGAAAUCUAUUGCAUGUGUUAAUGGCCUGCCGCAUGGUAGACGGUGACCAUUACAUUUAAUGACGCCUAUUGCAGGUUUCUUUUAAGCGCAUCCUGUUUUCUACCGGUUGUAAUAUUACCUUGGAAAUGCACCAAGCUAUAUAUUUAACUGAACAGUCUGGGGACUUUCUUCGAAUCGAGCGAAGUGAGUAGUUCAGUGGUGAUACGAGACCAUAGAAAAUCGGACAAUUACUGUCUCAAAGGACCUCCGUGAGUCAGCUAAAUUCUAUAACUUGCUUUGGAUAACUAUUUUUUCUUAUUUAUGUGUUGUGCUUUUCAGGAGGUCCAUAUAUUACUUGUCCUUGUUUUUCCUUACCAGACUGUGAUAUCUUGCCUACAAAAGAGACUGCCAGCUGUACGCGGCCCACUUGAAUUGUCUCCGCUUAAGGUGUCAGGAUGUUGUCCCCAAAAGUGCCUAUGAAGCUUGUGUUUCUGGCAAUUUUCGCACAAAUUCUGACCAUAGAAUGCAAAAAGUGUGAAGGUAUAGUAUUUUUGAAUGAACUACCUUUUAGUUUGUCAAACUGUGUUUAACAAACUUGUGAAAGCUGUCGAGGCCGGCGAAGCUUCAAAGGCUGUGGACAUUAUUGACGCCACUUGUGAAAAGCUGACAGGUAAAGAAAGGAAAGUGGUAAGUCUCAUUUUAGCUUCUUAUUGCUAGUGCUCUAACAUUGGGGCCUUGCCAAACUCUCCCACGAGAAUUGUCCAGCAAGUUGCUCGCUACAUAUCCAGCGGCCUUCCGCCUUUUAAAAUAUGCGAAAAACUAGCCCAAAGUGACCCUCAGAUAUGCGAAUACACACCGGGUAUGUCCACAUUUAUAUGUUUAUUCUGUAGACUUUAGACCUGACAGGAACGCGGACUUCAAGAAAUUCACUGUGAAGCAGCUUAGGCAAACUCUGGCGAUUAUGGGGAAGACUUGCGAUGGCUGUACCGAAAAGAGGGAAUUCGUGGAUCUUGUUGAAAAAAAUCGGCACUUACUGGACGAUACAUCCAAAACGGAGUUAUAGUCGUCUAGACCCAACCUGUCUUUCAGAGUUUGUACAGUCCGCUUGUUUACCUAAUUGUUGUACAUCCACACCUUACAAGUCGGUUGAUUUGGUUUGUAAAAUAUACUUUCAGGAAGUUUCUAUAUCGUUUGUCGGUAUUCCCCAAACUGA